GUAACAAAGAUGCAGGAAAUUACACAAAAUAGGAAGAUCUGGACUGGGAGGGGGGCAGCACUCUGGUGCUGGGGACUAGCACAGACUAGCCUACAGUGAUCUUAUUACCUAUAGAAAAAGGCAGCAAGCCGAGGAUCAAAGGGGGGAAACCAGGAAUCAGAGACAGGCCUUUGUGUGUGACUGUAGCAUCCUGCCCCCUGCCUGUUAGUGUGGCUCUAUCCCAACUCCUCCAGGUCUCCCUACUAAAACAAGGCUGCUGUGUGUACGUAGAGACUGGAACUCUCAGAAACAAACCCGCUGAAACCAGAGAGAUGCUGGGAGUGGGACAGAUGCAGUACGAUGUUAUCAUCAAUCCACAAUCCCAUUUCUCUCAGCCUCCAACCGGAGUCUCGGGGGCAAACAGACCCCAACAGUAUCUGAUGGCUCAGAGGGGCCACUUUGGAAGGGUAGCUUGGUGUACUAAAUUUGCUACUGAUAUUUUUUUUCAGUUUUUUACCCGUUAUGGAAUGUUAUAUGAUUUAAAAUUCAGUUUUUUACCCGUUAUGGAAUGUUACAUGAUUCAAAAUUCAAAGUAUAAAGCAGCACACAUGGUAAAAGUCUCUUUCCCAUCUCAUCAGGGGAAAAACAGUAGAGCGGUCAAGAGAGUGGAUCUGGAGCUUGGGCUCAGUUUCGGGCUCUGCCACUUACUCACUGUGUGAUUAGUUCCCAAGCCUCCAUUUCCUCAGCCAUAAGACAGGGUAAUAAUACUUUCCUGUAAACGGUUGCUGUGAGGAUUACAUGACUUGUGUAAAGUGCUUUAGAACGGUGCCCAGCAUGUAAUAAGCACACGAUAGAUUUCAAUAUGCAUAGAAAAAGGUCUGGAAAGAUACACACCAUUAAUACUGUUUUCUGGGGGAUGAGAUUAUGGGGAGACUUUCAUUUUCUGCUCCAUAUAUUUCUGUAUUAUUUGGAAAUUUACGGCGAACAUUUAUUAAUUUUAUAAUCAGAAAUACAAUAAAGACAGACUUUUUUAGUCCUUCCCAUUUAUCUUUCUCCCAUUUCAGAAAAAAAUGUCAACCACAACCACCACCAAAGAUAGGAAAGGAAUAGGAAUAUCUAAAGAAGUGGAAAAAAAAAUUCAUCAUCCAAAGAAGGACAUGUAAUCAAGGCUCAUCAACUUGCAGGAGGCUUGCAAGGAGAAGGUCUCUGCCAUAGAGGUGAACGUACAACCAGCCCAGGCCUCGGAGGUCAGCCAGCAGGUCAAUCUCAAAAGAAACCCACUCAUAAAAAUGACAUCCUGGUUGUAUGAAUGUCUUUGUGAAGCUGAACUAGCACAGUAUUAUCCUCAUUUUACUGCCCUUGGCCUUCAGAAAAUAGAUGAAUUAGCCAACGUUACAAUGAAGGACUACUCCAAAUUGGGAGUCCAUGACAUGAAUGACCGCAAACGUCUCUUCCAACUUAUCAAAAUCAUUAAGAUUAUGCAGGAAGAAGAUAAAGCAGUCAGUAGCCCAGAAUAUCUUCUUCAGACAAGCAGUCUGUCCAUCAAGCCUCCGAAAUCCAGAUCUGGCCCUCGCAGGCAGCUGCAUUUUGAUUCUCCUGCUGACAACAAAGACAGAACUACCAGCAAAAAUGAGUUUGAACUCUGCAGUUUAUCAGAUUUUUCUGUAAAUGAACAAAAGUCUAGUUACCUGAAUGUACUAGACCAUAUGGUACCAGAUGAUGCCCAGUACCCUACAAAAACAAGAAUUCUGAAUGCCGUUGCUGCUGAUUUCUGUGUACAAAGAGAAACUAACACUUCACUCUUUUCAUCAAAUCACUUUUCUCCCAUACAGAGAGAGUGUGAUAUUCCCAUUAUGCAAAGAGUCUCUCAUGUUUCAGGGUAUAACUACGGAAUCCCUCAUUCCUAUAUCAGACAGAACACCUCAGAGAAAGAGAAUCCUUGGACUGAGAUGGACAAAAUCAGAGUUUGUGUUCGAAAACGCCCUCUAGGCAUGAGGGAAGUGCGUCGUGGAGAAAUUAAUAUUAUUACUAUAGAAGACAAAGAAACUCUACUUGUUCAUGAGAAGAAAGAAGCAGUUGACCUCACACAAUAUGUUCUGCAGCAUGUUUUUUAUUUUGAUGAAGUCUUUGGUGAGGCGUGCACCAAUCGAGAUGUGUACAUGAAGACUACUCACCCCCUCAUUCAGCAUAUUUUCAAUGGAGGCAAUGCCACUUGCUUUGCAUACGGACAGACAGGUGCUGGAAAGACCUACACCAUGAUAGGAACUCAUCAGAACCCAGGACUGUAUGCUCUGGCUGCCAAAGAUAUCUUCCGACAACUGGAAGUGUCCCAGCCAAGAAGGCACCUCUUUGUGUGGAUCAGCUUCUAUGAAAUCUACUGUGGACAGCUUUAUGACCUCCUAAACAGAAGAAAAAGGCUCUUUGCAAGAGAAGAUAGCAAGCAUGUGGUACAGAUAGUGGGACUGCGAGAACUUCAGGUGGAUAGUGUGGAGCUUCUCUUAGAGGUGAUCCUGAAGGGCGGCAAAGAGCGCAGCACCGGAGCCACUGGAGUUAAUGCAGACUCCUCUCGUUCUCAUGCUGUCAUCCAAAUUCAGAUCAAAGACUCAGCCAAGAGGACAUUUGGCAGGAUCUCUUUUAUCGACUUGGCUGGCAGUGAAAGAGCAGCAGAUGCCAGAGACUCGGAUAGACAGACAAAGAUGGAAGGUGCAGAAAUAAACCAGAGUCUUCUGGCUCUGAAGGAAUGUAUCCGCGCAUUGGAUCAGGAACACACCCAUACUCCCUUCAGGCAAAGCAAAUUAACUCAGGUUCUAAAGGAUUCUUUCAUCGGCAACGCCAAAACUUGCAUGAUCGCCAACAUCUCACCAAGCCAUGUAGCCACUGAACAUACUCUGAAUACCUUGCGCUAUGCUGACCGGGUCAAAGAACUGAAGAAAGGCAUUAAAUGUUGCACUUCAGCCAGCAGUCGAAAUCGAACGUCUGGAAAUUCUUCUCCAAAACGAAUUCAAAGCUCUCCUGUGGCCCUGCCAGGGGAUAAGUAUUCUCCCAAAAAAGUCAAGCUGGGGCUUCCACAGUCACUGACAGUGGCACCUGAUGUCACGAGAGGGAAGGCCCACCCUCUGGCCAGUCACCCAGCCAAUAUCCCUUUUGCUUCUGUACCUAAGGUUCCAGGUAAAAGGAGUGGCUCUAAAGGGAGUCCUCCCCACGGGUGGGUCAUUCAGACCAACUCUCUCAGAGGAACCACGCGGUCUGGACAUUCAGCCAAAAAAGCGGCAGAAGACUCAGCUGCAUUAUGCUCUAAGAACAAGACAGCCCUCGUAUGGGGCAGCAGGGCCCAGCGCCCGCGGCAGCCACCCUCCCAGUGCAAGAAGGUGCAGACUGUGCCGCCGGUACAGAAGCAGCUCGUGCCACGAGCUGACCUCUCCCUGGGUAGCAUCCAGCCCACAGCAGGGCACAGUCGGGGCAGCCAGGGGGGUACGCCCACCGGGCCCGCCUCCGAAGCCUGGCCGGACAUCCCUCUGCAGCAGAAGGAGAGGGAGGAACAUCUGCGCUUUUAUCACCAGCAGUUCCAGCAGCCCCCUCUCCUCCAUCAGGAGUUAAGGUACCAACCACUGGAAAGAUUAUCAUGCCAGUAUCCGCCCCAGGAGGGGCAGCUCCAGAAGGACACCCCUCCCCGCCCGUGCUCUUGUGCCGAGAGCCACGAUGGAGCCCAAGCCGAGGACCUGGAUGACAGCGAUUUUAGUGAGGAUUCCUUCUCACAUGUCUCCUGUCAGAGGACCGCAAAGCGGGGAGAUGCCCUGGAGAACAGCGAAGGUUCGUUCUUCCUUCAUCAGAGGGAGCAGGUGGCCGAAAGGCAGCAGAGUCUGUUUUUCAGCCCCGGGACAGACAGUGAUGAGAAGGGCCUACCUGGAAGCUGGGUGUGCUGCGGAGAGCCUGCCAGCCACAGAAGGCUGGCCCUUGAUCACGGCCACAGCCCAAGUCCGGUGCCCCGGGACUGGAGCAGAGGGGAGGGCCCCGCAUCCCCAGGCCCUUUACCCGGAGCAGUCCUGGCGGAGAAGCCUUUCUGCAACCUGGUGGACUGUGCGCAAGACCCGCAAAGCCGUGGCGGCCCUGCCUUCAACUUCAGACAGGACGCCUUCAGAAGCGAGGUUCCUGGGCAGGCCGAGGAAGAUGGUUUCUCUUUCUCACUGUCCCACCUGGCGGUUCCUGGGUCCCCAGACCACAGAGACACAGUCGGCACACCUCUGAGAGAGGUCAGUGAGGACCAGCCAGCUCUGGCAGCCGGGACAGUGAGAAGCAGUCACCCUUUCCAAGGUGGGCAGUCGGGCACAUGCUCUGAAUAUGCUUCUGGACUGAUGGCCCCCCUCACCGUGUCCCUCCUGGAGAGCCCAGACAGCGGGGACCUGGGUGGGGUGGACACAGGGCCAGCGGCGGGCCAUGCAGUGUCAUCUGGUGACCAGGAGGCAGUCCUGCCAACCUCUUCGGCAACUGAACGCCUGUGGCUCUCGUCGUCUCCCCCGGACAACAAACCUGGGGGUGGUCUUCCGGCUCUGUCCCCAUCACCCAUCCGGGAGGCUGACCCAGGGGAGGCCAGCCGGGGCAGAGAGACGGCGCUCUUCGCCCAGGGGCACGCCGCCGCCUGUGCUGAGGCAGAGCCAGGCGACUCCCAGAGUUGCCUGGGCAAGCCCUUCCCCACCAUCCGUCCUAGGGAACCGCAGGCUGACCGAACAGGAAGUAGUGAUGCAGCUGACCUGGCCGGGGACCAGAGGAGAGAGCGCCUGGCCGGGCUUGGUGGGCAGGAGCUGUGGAUGUCCACAGACCCCAUCAGGCUGCCCUUCUACAAUGAGGACAUCACACGGCUCAAACGCAGGCCGACACCGAGGUACUUAGCAAGGCCAGGCUCUCCCACGACUGCAGGGCCCCUCCGCCAGCCCGCCCUGGGGCAUGCACAGCAGGUGGUCAUCCGAGCACACCAGGAACAGCUGCAUGAAAUGGCCAAGCUGGGCUUCAAGGAGGAGACCCUGAUGAGCCAGCUGGCUCCUAAUGAUUUUGAAGAUUUUGUGACCCAGUUGGAUGAAAUCAUGGCUUUGAAGUCCAAGUGCAUCCAGAGUCUGAGGAGCCAGUUGCAGCUAUACCUGGCCUGCCACAGGCCUGCCACAGCCCCUGAGAGGACAGCGGUAUCUUAAAGCAAAACCCAGUAUGGGGUGGCUAGGCUCCUGAGGGCUGAGGGCCUCUGCCAGGUCCCCCUGCAGAUAUACUAGAACCCACUACCUAGUCCUGCCCAUUCUGGCCUCUCCCAAGCCACACACAGCCUUGGCUGGGCCCAGCUCCUUUCUUGGGGCCAGGUAUAUGCCCCUCAGUUCUAAGCACAGGAGCAUCUAUAAGGAAGGACAGAUCAGCCCAAAAAACUUAAUGUACCCUUCCCUUUUCUUUGGAGCUAGAGGAGUAUUUGCCUCACUGAACCUUUUUCUGUAGAUGUUUCUAAAUUUGGGGAUCAGAGGAUGGGGAUGGUCUGGUAACCUAGAGGUUGGAGGUCACAGGCUGAGCCUAGAGAUUUUAUCAUCUGGAUUCAGUGCCUUUCUCUAGGACUCGAUCAAAAACUAAAACAAUGGUGCUAGUGGGGCAGGGGCCACGUGAGUUCUGCCCCUUCAGCCCUUGGAGGUUGAUUUUGGACUUUAGCUUUUGAAAAUGCAGACUGAAUAAACUUUGACUUGCUGUGUCUUUAACAGCAGCAGAUAUGGAACAGACUUUCUGCUUCCAGUUCCUCUCCCUCCUACAAUCCAGAAGAGGGUGCUUUACUCUUUUCCCAUCUCUGCCUUUUCCUGGGACCAUGCACCUGUUAAAAGCCAUUAUGUUCCUGGCUCCUGCCUUUGAGUCCCCACCCACCACGCUCCCUCACGGAAUAGCUGAAUAGCUGCAGAAUCUAAGGCAAGUUUCUCUCUAGCUUCACCUUCAUCCAAGAUAUCCUUGGCCAUCUACCCACCUCUUAGUGGCCUGUGUUCAGUGUCUUGGCAUUGAGGGCUGAGGUCAAUAGUCUGAGACUCUGAAGUAGUCAGAGUCACACCCUUCAUGUGAGUUCUGCUUGCUGUUUAUCUUUUUAGCAGAAAGAAGCUUAAGACAAGAAAUACCAAGUGGCUUCCAGGUGGCCCAUCACUUAGCAAGGCCACCAUAUGAUAUUGAGAUUCACAUGCCAAAGACUUGGCCCUGAUGCCCACUUUAUAUGAAACUAAUUUCCUAUAUGAAACUAAAAGGUAAAGGGUAACUUUUAUAGGUCUUAAAGGAAGGAUUUUAAGUAAUUUUAAAUUAAUUUUAAAGGCCAGAAGAGGGGCUAGUUUUCUGAGGCAAUGGCCAUGCCUUAUCUGACCACCAGAGGGCAGCCUCUCUCCAGCUUGGUGCUUUCCAGCCUUAAGGUUCAGCACCCAUUCCUCAAUCACUGAAAAAAUUAGAGAACCCACCUGAACCAAGAGCAUGGAAGGGGACUAGAAGACAGUAUGAAGUAUAAGGACAAGAAACUUCAGGGAUAAAUCUAGGGCCAUCGAUAUACUAGCACCACUGAGAGCUGGGGAAGCAGUUUUGAAUCCAUCCUGCCUGUGGAACACAUAAUAUACCUGAUGGUGCUCACCCGACAAGGGGCUUGUUCCUCAUUUCCGGGUGAUUCCCCUGAAGGCCAGCCUGUCUCAUCUCCACAGUAAGUCUUGCAGGAAGGCCCAGAGACCAAACUUGGGCAGGUUUAAAGAGACCUCCCCGUCUUGGCCUGCCUUUGCAAACCAAAAACCAGGGCACAGCUCCUUCCCAGAAUUUGAAGAAAGUACUGAAACAACAGAAAAUGGUUAGGUCCCAUUCCAAUCCCAGCAAAUCUCAGCAGGAAAUCCUUCAUCAACCACUCACCUCCACCCCUCCGUGAAAGAGCCCUUGGCAAUAAAGAAAUGAUCACAGCAGGACAUACCUUUUAGAUUUUUAUUAGUAGUUCUCUCUGAAGAAUGAAAAUAGUUAGCAAAUUACAUUAGAUUCAUCAAGACUGUAUAUCCUCUGUAUUUAGAUCUUUAAUGAUGUACAACAUAAUACAAAACAAAGAGACGGAUUUCUAUGACUAGGUGUUACUGUGUCAUCCUAGAGCAAAGGGCUGGAGGGAGAGGCUGUUCUCCAGGGAGAACUGAGGUGGAGUUAGUGCUGAGUGACCAAAUCACCGCCUGUUUUUUUCUUCCCCACUUGAUGCACUGGGAAGGGGCCAAUGAUUUCUUAAAAUGACAACUGUUCCUAGAACAAGGGGGCUCUAAAAUCCUGGGUAGCAAACGACUGUGGUCUCAACCAGACCAAAAGAAACAGGCUGGGGCAGGAAAGUAAUGCAAUUGCCUAGCAGAAAAGGCAAACUAGGGCCCCAAGGGAAAGGGCAUUCUUUGCACCUCAGAGACAUUGCAGAACCAGUGUAACACUAAGUGACAUGAAGGGGGAAAAAAACAAAAC